GUAUGUUUGAUCAGGAUAAUUCAGGCGCAAUCGAGUUCAAUGAGUUCUUUGCCUUGUGGCAGUAUGUCACUGACUGGCAAAGAACAUUUAGAAGCUAUGAUCAGGACAACUCUGGAACCAUUGAUAGACAAGAAUUAAAAACAGCCCUUACAAACUUUGGUUACAGGUUGUCGGAGAGAAUGUACACCAUUCUCAUCACAAAAUUUGAUCGCAGUGGCCAGGGCUCCAUCAACUUUGAUGACUUUAUCCAGUGUUGCAUCAUACUACAGAUUCUGACGAAUUCCUUCAGAUUCCGUGAUUACACCAAGAGUGGUUGGAUAACAAUAGGAUAUGAAGAUUUUCUUUCUAUGGUGUUUAGCUUAAACAUGUCGAAAUAGUGAUUUUUGUCCCUCGCUUGAAACAUUUCAAACAACGUUGCGUGGGAACCUUACUUCUGUCUUGAGACAAAAGUGUUACAAAAAAUAAGAGACUGUAGAAAGUUACUCCGUUGUUCAAGAAUCUUCAUUGGCUUCCGGUAGAACAAAGAAUCAUCUUCAAAAUUGCACUCAUCACCUUCAAGGCUCUUCGUGGUGACGGUCCCCAGUAUAUCGUAGAUAUUCUCAAUCCCUACAACCCAGCUAGAACACUUAGAUCGUCCACUCAGAAUCUCCUUUACAAGCCUAGUUUCAUUUCAAAAGGCUACGGUGACCGUUCAUUUACGGUGUCGGCUCCAACAGUGUGAAACGUACUUCCAAACGAUAUCAGACUCUUCUUGCACGAACAUUUUUAAAAGUAAACUGAAAACGUGGCUUUUUAAACAAGCAUUUUUAAGUUGAAGU